UUGCGACAUUGUUAUUGCAGAUCAGACAGUGGGGUUUUCCUCAGCUUCAGUCAAACCUUCUCAUCAGCCCUCGACCGAGAAACUAGAGUUCAGAGGAAGUUGUCAUCUGCAUACCUGCUCCACCCCAUUUUGUGCAAAUCUAGAUGCAUGCACGGAAGUUAGGUUUCAGAACGAGAGGACACAGGUGGUUAGAUGCUGUGCCAGGCUUUUGUUCCUGUCAUGAAGGCUGGACGUACGUAGGCUGCCUUGUGGAGUGAAAAACAAAGUGAGAAGGGACAGAAAAAAGUCUGAAAAAGUGCCGCGAACCAACGUGUCUCGAGUUGGACAGGUGAAAUCCAGGGAUGGGGACGAUCCCGAACGACAUCAGGAGGCUUUUGGAUGACUGCGAGCUGUUUAUAGCAGAUAUCCUUCAAGAUGAGGACCUCAGUGAAAAUUCCCAAGAGACACGAAAAAUCUUACUGAAUAACUUCAGGGUCGUCCACACAAGAAACCCUGAAGAAUUCCCCUUUUCGUUGGACUAUAGGGAGGAAGACGGUUCUGAUGACAACCGCAGCUCCAGUCUCGGCCGCUCCGUCCAAUCAGACGACGCCUCAUUAGCCUCUGACAACCAGGAUGAUGGAGGCCCGGAGUUCUUUGAUGACAUCCCCCUUGUGGCAGCCCAGGGCCUCAACAACAUCCUGAAGCAAGGCUACUUGGAGAAGAAACGGAGAGAUCACAGCUUCUUCGGCUCCGAGUGGCAAAAGAGAUGGUGUGUUCUGAACAAUAUGAUAUUCUACUACUUUGGGAGUGAAAAAGAUAAACAGCAGAAGGGUUCCUUUUAUAUCAAUGACUACAACGUGCAGCUGGUGCCCAACCUGAGAAAAGACUCCAAAAAAAAUGCCUGUUUUGAGCUCUUCGCCCCCGGACGGCGGUCUUUCCAGUUCACUGCCAGCAGUCCUCAGGAGGCCAGAGAAUGGGUGGAUCAAAUCAAUUUUGUUCUUAAAGAUCUCAGCUCCACCGACAUCCCUGUCGAUGACGACGAGGAGGACGAAGAGGAGACCUAUGAUGACAUUGAGGGGGUGACCGGCCCUCCCCAGCUUCGGCCCGGCGUUGCUCAGGCCUCUCACGGCGUCGGAAAGGGAGGAGGGCGUGAGAUUGGGGAGGUCGACGACGAGGACGAGGAUAUCUACGAGGUCCUGCCGGAAGAGGAUUUCCCAGAUCCGAUGGAUCCGAACAGUGAGAAGAACAACAAAUCAGCUUGGUCAUCAGAUUAUGCUAACUACUACCAGGGUUUAUGGGACUGCCAGGCCGACGAGCCAGACGAGCUUGACUUCCUGAGAGGAGAUCUCAUCUACAUCAUUAGCAAGGAGUACAACAUUCACGGCUGGUGGGUCGGAGAGCUGAACGGCACUGUGGGCAUCGUCCCGAAGGACUUCCUGCACCCUGCCUACAUCCUCUGAGCUCCAACAGCGUUGCUGCUGACACCUCCGGCCGUGGAUUUCACAGACACAGUCAGAUGAUUCUGAUUAUUCUGUAAAUUAUAUCACGUAAAUCUGCUGCUGUGGUACUUAAUCCUGCAGGCUGUAAACCUAUAAACCUAUGCAAACCAGAUCUACAAUUAACAAUUAAAUAGAUUAAUCAGUUAAUCGACAGAAACUGAAUAAUCGAUGAUCCAUUCAUAUUUAAAGUAAAAAGCUUCUUGAAUAUGAGAAUUUGUUGCUUUUCUCUGUUUUAUAUAAUUGAAUUUAUAUAAAUUUAAUAUAUUUUGGUUUUUGGACAGAAAAGUAAUCUGAAGACGUCACUUUAAGUUCUGGUGAAUUUUAACAUUUUAAAAAUGUUUUAUAGACAAAACAACUGAUUAAUUCAUAAGAAAAAUAACAAUCAUUAAUGAAAGUAAUUGUUAUUUGCAGCCUUUGUGCAGAUUCAUUAACUAUUGUGGACUAAUACAUUUAUCAGUUCACAGUAUGUAGAUGUGUGUUAUUUUCUUGUUUCACCAUGUUAUGUAAAAUAUUUUAAACUACAUUAUAUCAGGAGUUUAUUACAAAAAUUCCCAAAAUAGCAACUUUGUGUAAUUAUUCAGUUAAAACUCAGUUUGUUUAUUAAUCUUGUUUCAUUUUCAGCCACUAGGUGGCAGUGUUGCUCCAAUGUCUAGUCUUUAAACCCCUGAGAUGUGUUUGGUAAUAACAUUGUAUUAUAUAUAACAUUAAUAAUGUGAAAGCACUGAAAUAAACACAUGUA